CUGCUGGUCAUCGUCUCCAUCUCUCACUUCAGGCAGCUCCGCACUCCCACCAACCUCCUCCUCCUCUCUCUGGCUGUGUGUGACUGUCUCGUUGGUCUCCUUGUGAUGCCGUUUCAGAUCCUGUUAAUAGAACCAUGUUGGCUCCUUAGUGACCUGGCUUGUGUUCUGUAUUAUUUUAUUCCCUUUAUUACAGUUUCCGCCUCAGUGCUGAACAUGGUUCUGAUAUCAGUUGACCGUUAUGUGGCCAUCUGUGACCCUCUGCAUUACUCUACAAAAUUCACUCAACAAACAGUUAAGGUUUGUGUUCUGCUAUGUUGGAUUUGUUCUAUUUUCUACAGCUUUAUGACUUUACUCGAUAAUCUGAAGCAGCCAGGCAGGUAUAAGUCCUGUGAUGGAGAAUGUGUCAUUAAUAUAAAUGGAGCUGUUGACCUUGUUAUAAGCUUUGUCCUUCCAGUCUCAGCCAUCAUCAUCCUGUAUGUGAGGGUGUUUGUGGUGGCUGUGUCUCAGGCUCGUUCCAUGCGCUCCCACGUUGUAGCUGUUAAACUGCAGCGUUCACUGACUGUGACUGUUCAGAGGUCAGAGCUGAAAGCAGCCAGGACUCUGGGUGUAGUUGUUGCUGUUUUCCUAAUGUGUUACUGUCCUUCUUAUGGUAUGUCUCUCUCUGGCGACAUCAAAAUUAGUCCUUCAACUAACCUUUUUGUAUAUUUUCUGGUAUAUUUUAACUCCUGUCUAAACCCUGUGAUCUAUGCCUUUUUCUACCCCUGGUUCAGAAAAUGUGUGAAACUCAUUGUUACCCUUCACAUACUGCAGCCUCAGUCCCGUCUGACCAAGGUCAUGUAA